AGGAAGCUAAAAUAUCCUCAGUUUUCUUCUAUUCAUGGCCCACUAAUUUCCUCACUAGACAUUCAAAAAAUCUUCAGUGCAGCAGAGAAAGGAAAAAGCAUUACCUUCAUUAGCACCUGUUGAAGAAAUUCUUUCACUUUGAAGAUCAUGGCUGCUCUUUCUUCCUCCUCUUUAUAUCAUAAAUUCCAUUAUUCUGCUCUUGCUUACCAUUCGAAUUCAAAUCGUGAGUCGAGUUCUUGUUUUACUGCAAAAGCCGUUGGAUAUUCCAGCAGAAGAACUGGCUCUAGCAUUUGUGGAGGACUCAGAAUUCAGAAUGCAGCAACAAAACCUGCAAAAUCACCAGCUGAAGAAGAAUGGAAGAUCAAACGGCAGCUUCUACUUGAGAAAAGGGUAAGGAGUGUGGAUGCUAAAGAAGCAUUGCGGCUUCAGAAAGAAAAUAACUUUGUUAUUCUUGAUGUACGGCCGGAGGCAGAGUUCAAAGAGGCUCAUCCACCGGGUGCUAUUAACGUGCAAAUAUAUAGGCUUAUAAAAGAGUGGACAGCUUGGGACAUAGCUAGGCGAGCUGCAUUUGCCUUUUUUGGCAUCUUUUCUGGAACAGAAGAGAAUCCUGAGUUUAUCCGAAGUGGGAUAUAUACAUAUGAUAUUUAUACUUUUGUUAUCUGUCCUGCUUACAAUAGUAAUUUUUUUUGUAAUCAAAGAAUUCUUUGGCUUGUGCAAGCAGGCUUGGAGUCGAAAAUUGAUAAGAGUGCGAAGAUUAUUGUUGCCUGCUCGGCCGGAGGAACUAUGAAGCCAUCACAAAAUCUUCCAGAAGGCCAACAGUCAAGGUCACUCAUAGCAGCUUACUUGCUGGUUCUCAAUGGUUAUACUAAUGUCUAUCACUUAGAAGGAGGGCUAUAUAACUGGUUUAAAGAAGACCUGCCAUCAGAAUCUGAAGAAUGAAGUCUACUAGAAAACAUGCGAACCAGCUAACACGGUGAUUCGUCUCGUAAUGGACAAUGUGACUCGUCUUGGAUGAAAAUAUUAAUGUAGAAAUGAGUUUCGGCACUUAUUAAGAGCAUAUGUUUUUCCACACUCCAAAGGCUUUUCGUUUGUAAAAUAAAUGUGUCGCCUUGCUUAACGAUUUAAGCAAAGAAAUCAAAGAUCGCGAAUUCAAGUCUUGCU